UUGUACUCCGAAUGCAACCUGCGCCUAAAUCGGUAACCACCAUGCCACGUAACUGGUCAGGAAACAAAGUUUCCAUCCUUUGGUAUCACCAUAACGAUGAUCUCACUAUAAGGAUCACCCAGUUCCUCGAAAAACGAUUUCCUAAUAUUUGAAAAUGAAAGUAACGCCACUUACAUGGCACAACUCAUUUCUUUUCCUAAGUUUACUGACAGCAAUCCAGACUGAGCUCUCUCAAGCGGCUUUCAAGGAAGACAAAACAUCUAAAACGACAGGUAAAAGUCACCAACAUCACAAGACGGACGUGAAGAAGGAAAAACGUUUCAUGAACGAGCAUUUUCCGAAAGGAAGAGUUGUUUAUUCUUUCGUGACGGAUAGGAACCGAUACUUGGCAAGAAGGCCGCACCUGUAUCGAGCUUUCGUUGUUCGAAGUCCUUUAAGAGUGCAACAAUCGACAGAAAACGCAAAUGGGCGUCAAAACAUUCCUUUCAUGGAGGUGGAACCUACAUAUCAUCAACCGUUUGUAAGAGUUCGUCCCAUUUCGCGACCAAUUUACUACUUACAAGAUACACCUGAUGAACAAGAAGCAGAGUUCGAGGAUCCUUUGAAUGAACCUGUUGCUUUGAUGCCUGAGGAAUUUCCAGUAAAUCUCGACAGCUGCCGUCCCAAUCCGUGUUAUAAUGGAGGACGGUGCAGGAGACUCAGACAUGGAAGAUUUAGAUGUGUAUGCCAUAGAGGAUAUGGCGGCAGAUUAUGCAAUGAGAUUGAUCCUUGUCUGCCGAAUCCUUGCGAAAAUGAAGGAGCCUGUUCCAGACUGAGUCGCGGCCAGUACAAAUGUACCUGCAGUCACGCUUUUGUUGGUCCACUUUGUACAAUUUCAAAUCCAUGUCUACCUAGUCCAUGUCUUAACAAUGGGACCUGUGUGAAUAAAGGAAUCACAUUUGAAUGUCACUGUCCAGCAGCCUUUUCUGGAAAUCGAUGUGAAAUCCAAUCCAAAUGCUUUCCAAACCCUUGCCUUAAUGACGCCACUUGCCGUGACGUGGACAUAGGUCGCGGCUACGUGUGUUACUGCUCCAUUGCAUACUUGGGACCUAACUGCGAAAAAACCAAUUUAUGCUUUCAACACAAUCCUUGCCAGAACGGAGGCACGUGCAAAACGGAUGGAACCAAUUUAGCGUGUCAAUGUCCUCCAGGUUAUUUGGGAUCACAUUGCGAACAGGCGAACUUCUGUUAUUCAUCGCCUUGCAAAAACGGAGGGACAUGCUCUCCAAAUACUGAUGGCUUUGAAUGCGACUGCAAACAAGGAUUUUUCGGGAAAACGUGCGAAGCUUUGAGCAGUCACUGCUUUCCAAACCCUUGCAAGAAUGACGGGUUGUGUGCCGAAGUGCAGAGCAAGGAGGGAUAUAUUUGUGUUUGCAAGGAAGGAUUUGUUGGAUCACAUUGCGAAAGAAAAGAUUCGUGUAUGCCAAAUCCCUGUCAACACAAUGGUACAUGCUUACAGGCUCAUAACAGGCGAGGAUAUCACUGCCUUUGUCAAGCAGGUUGGCGAGGAUAUGCCUGCGACCGGGAUGAUCUUUGCUAUCCCACCAACCCUUGUCUUCAUGGAGGAACAUGUUUCAAUGCCCUCGACGCCUUCAUUUGCCACUGUCCUCCGAGAUAUUCAGGAAAACAUUGUGGAAAUGACAAGUGUGCGCGUUGCGACGUAAAUGCGAACUGUGUGGAUGGAACGUGUGAAUGCAGACAUGGUUUCGUUGGCAACGGGUUCACGUGCACUCCUGUUGGAGAUCCGUGCCAACCCAAUCCUUGUGAAAAUGGCGGAACAUGUCAUACAGGACAUGGUGAAAAACUGUUUGAAUGCACGUGCCGCGAAGGAUUCAUCGGCACUAAGUGUGAAGCAUCCAAAAGUGCAUGUGUAUCAAACCCGUGCGCUAAUGGAGGAACAUGCGUAGAUGCCACAAACAAUGAUGGUUCAUUGCUGGAGGGUGUCAUAUUUACAAACCAUUCACAGUUCAAAUGUGUUUGCCCCAAGGGUUACGCAGGAGAAAACUGUGAGAAACUUGUCAUGACUAAUCCCUGCUCUACUCACCCAUGUCUCAACAAUGGGACGUGCUUUGACGAUACAAACAGCGCUGGAAUAGAUCUGAAACUACUAAAUGCUUUGGACUUUCGUUGCUUCUGUCCCAUUGGAUACAGUGGUAUUGUCUGCGAAACACCUAAGUCAGCAUGUCACUCAAGCCCAUGCCUUCAUGGUGGGACCUGCUUAGACUCUUCUAACACAGCUGACGUGGCGUUUAACGCUAACGGCUACAAAUGUCUUUGCACCGCGGGCUUCAUAGGAAUGAAUUGUGAAGCCAGUUCAGUAUCCGAAGUAAGGGCUGCUUCAGCCACAGCUACCCUCCAGGCCACAGUUAAACCAAUAGGUGCGCAGAGCUACAAACCAACAGUUCAAGUGAUAGAUGUUCAUGCGUCUCGUGGGACACCAGGUGCCCCACCAGUUAUGGCUCUGGUGCCACAAGAGCCGAAGGAAACAAGCGCAGUAUCGGGACAAUUAGGUGCAACACUUCUUGCCAAACCAGUUUCAAGUCCAGCGAAGGCGAAUGUUGGUCUUACGGCAGAGUUUGAAAAGCCUAGUCAAAGCCAAGUUGGUGUUGUUGUGAUUCCACAAUCUGCCCAAGCACGUGCUGCCAGACCUACGACGGUCCAGAGCUAUGGCCCUCCCAGUUCCUCAAGCAGUGGUGUUGCAAUGGCAUUAUCUUCCGGUGCACCGGGUCAGUUAGGCUAUGUGCUGCCUGUAUCAUCAUCUUUACUUCCAUAUGUGGCUUCCCCAAGCGCGGCACCAGCACCUUCUACUAACUCUCUUGCUUAUGUAGCGUCCAAGGCAGUACCUGCUCAACUGCCAUCAGUGGGUCUUAUUUCGUCACCUCCGGCUAUACCAUCUCUGCUUGCUGCACCAUCUUCAUCACCUGCUGUGGCUCAGGCACCUGGGAUUAUCAUGCCCCCAGGGUUGUCACCACUCCGAGGGAAUGGACCUCUGAGUUUGGCUCUACCAGAAGGGACACCUGUUUUUGGCCUUACGGCAAGAAGACAAACUUUGAAUCAGAGAUCAAGAAAUUAUGGUCCUUCCUAUGCAAGUUACAAUGGUUAUACGAGUAGAAACGCCAACCGAGGAAAUAAUCAACAGAUCUAUGGACGUUAUCCUUAUACCCGAACAAAUUGGUACUCGAAUCAAAACUACGCGAACGCUUUCCAACGGAGUUACCGACACGCAAACAAGAAAAAACGAAACAAUAUCACUAUCAAGGAGAAGACAUUCAAGUUGUCGCUGGAGAACCUUUGCUUCCUAAACCCAUGUCUGAAUGGAGGGACAUGUAUGGAGGUAAUGGGAUCUCACAGUUGCCUGUGCGUAGAGGGAUUCAGCGGCUCCGCUUGUGAAAUUGAAAGCAAAUGUCGAAGCAAUCCAUGCAGAAAUGGAGGAACAUGUUUCGACAAUCACAAUUCGUACACGUGUUCGUGUUUGGCGGGAUUUUCAGGAAUAAACUGUGAAACAAUGGUGUCAGUAUGCGACUCUAACCCAUGUCUUAAUGGUGGCUCAUGUCUCAAUCAAGGACCUAACAUUUAUAAAUGUGUUUGUGCACAUGGUUUCCGAGGAAAGAACUGCGAAAGCGAGAAAAAGUGCGAGCCUAACCCGUGCCAGAACAGUGGAGUCUGUAGAGAACUUAUAGAGGACGAAGAUUACAAGUGUGAAUGUUUACAUGGAUAUAGGGGCAAGGAUUGUGAAGAGGAGAUUAACCUGUGUGAAUCAAAUCCAUGCAUAAAUGGUGGCACGUGUUCUACGUUAGGAAGUUCAUACCACUGUCUUUGUGUUGAAGGAUUUCGAGGAAUAAAUUGUCAGGAGCCGGAUAGAUGUCACUCGCUUCCUUGUCAAAAUGGUGGAUCAUGUUAUCAGGAAAUCACCGGGACAUACAAAUGUCAGUGUCCAGAUGGAUUUAGAGGUUUCAAUUGUGAAGAGGAGUUGAAGUGUCAUUCCAACCCAUGUCAAAAUGGCGGCACCUGUUUUGAGAACAGUGGUGGUUAUACUUGUACAUGCCAACCAGGCUACAAAGGGAUCAACUGUGCAGAGCGUGACAACUGUCAUCCUAAUCCCUGUCACCAUGGUGGCGUCUGUGAUAUCGACGGCGAAGACUUCACCUGUUCCUGUUCGUCUGGGUGGACUGGACUCACCUGUGAAGAUGAAGACCACUGUCAUCCGAAUCCAUGUGAGCACGGAGGAGUUUGUAUAGCAAAGGGAGCAUCUUAUGAAUGUCACUGUCCCAUGCAUUGGACGGGAAUCAACUGUGAAACACCCUCUACAAUAGCCUAUGCUGUGGCCAACACAUGCGCAGCUACCACGUACGGUUGCUGCCCUGAUGGGAAGACACCAGCUGCAGGACCUCACCAAGCAGGCUGCCCAGAACAUAUUGGAGGUAUGAUCGCCAAAUAACCAGUGCAGUUAUCAGGAGGAUUCCAGAAAGUUGACGAACGACUCCAGACAGAGGCCAUCUCUAAAAAGAUUACCCUUGUCUUUGAUUUGUAUGGAAGAUGCGGAGAAAACUCUUUGUUUGAAAAAGUAAUCUUGCUUGAGCUGAGCUCAGAACAUUUGCAUUGUAAAUAAGAAUGAUAAUGUUAGCGCUAAAACGGUGUAAAAAGUAAACUAAUUGACAUGUUAUCGAUAAACAGAAUGUGUCGUAAAAAAGUAAAGUUUUCCUCUUCAGGGUGAGAUUAGAUCUAAAGGAGUGAAACAAGAAUUAAUUCGAGAAAGUCUCGACAAAUGUUGAAUAGUCACUAAUCAAAUAUCAUUUGAUCACCUUUAAACUGACGUUAGCUCUUUUAAAAGUCAUGGAAUUUCACAACAUUUCGGUUGAAUAUUUUGAAACUGUUUGAUUCUAAGGCUAGAUUUCCACAGUUUUCUCGAGUCCGUUCUUUGAUCAGAUCUACUCAGGCGAGGAGCGAGGGCUCGAUUCUUGAUCAGCGGCUGGUAAGCGAGCAACUCAGCUGCGCAUGCUGUUGUCAACAACAUAGGGGUCAAACGUUUGCGCAUGUGCCAAAGCUGCGGUGGCUUGACGUCGUGCUUUAAGGCCAUCAGAGCUAUUUAGACUUACAGGUGUGAAAAAAUAACCAUACAAGCUAGUUUAUCACGGUGUUUUGAAAACACGCAGUUUCUUUUGUUAAAGCUUCAAACAAACCGUUAAAUAAUCAGAAUACACUUCAUGAAAUAACGUUUGAGUUCGAAAAGUCCUGAGUUUUCUAUUUACUACUUUUGUUUUGUUGUGAAAGAUUUCUGUGAACGUUUCAAUCACUUUUUCGGUCAUUUGACACGCUUUCCCAGUGUCUGUUGCGCCAGAACUCGGCCAAAAUUGCGCAUACCCAACGUUUGACUGCUGUGUUACAAGCAGUGGUUGUAUUAAUAUCAUAUCGUCGCGAUAUUUUGAAUUUUUAAUUAUCAUCGCUUUAUAAACGGGGAUUUGAGGAGAACAGCAGUUAUGUUUGUUGAGAUGUGUACAAACUUGUUAUGCUGGUGACAUCUCUAAUAUUCUUUCCGCUUGAAACGUUUAUUUAUGUUGAUACGUUUAAACAGGCUCUGUGUGUAUCUAUCUAUUAUGAAUUUUCAUCUAAUAGGGAAAUUUGCUCAAGGGCGUUUGUCGUGACUAAUGAAUGAAAGGCAAAUAGUAUUUAAAGUGUUGAUUUGUAUUGAUAAAAGUUUACAUAUGAGUUUGUACUGGACUCGACUCAGAGACGUACCUCCUAAUUACUAGAAAUGACAGACUGUAGUCUACCGUGGCCUAGUUUUUCCCUCCUCCUCUCCUUGAAAAAGUAUAGGUUGAUUAAAACAGAAUUGUCUUUUCAACUGAAUUUAGGGACACUGUAAUUAACUUUGAUUUUAAUGAAAAAGAACUGAAUUAUGAUAUUAAAUAAAGCAUCACAUCCUUGCAGCAUUGAUUAAUAAAGGAAUUUAUAUCUA